AGAGACUCCGACAUGCCGGUCACAAGUUGUUCUCCCACCCAACCGACCGACCGACCGACCACACCCCACCCCGCCUCGUGUUUACAGAGUCAGCCGCAUCAUUAAACUUUCCACGGGGCUCCGAGUGGAGGAACUGCAGCCAUGCAGAGCAACCGGAAAGAGCACUUGUACAAAAUCCUGGUGAUCGGGGAUUUAGGUGUGGGCAAGACCAGCAUCAUUAAGCGCUAUGUUCAUCAGACCUACUCAACGAACUACAGAGCCACCAUCGGGGUGGACUUCGCUCUCAAAGUUCUCAACUGGGACUCGGAGACCGUGAGACUGCAGCUGUGGGACAUAGCAGGUCAGGAGCGCUUUGGGAACAUGACGCGGGUUUACUACAGAGAGGCCAUGGGGGCGUUCAUCGUUUUCGAUGUCACCAGACCGACAACUUUCGAUGCAGUCACCAAAUGGAAGGAGGACCUGGACUCAAAGUUGACACUUGCCAAUGGCAAAAGCAUUACCACAGUGCUUCUGGCCAACAAGUGUGACCAAAGCAAAGACAUUCUGGUGAAUAAUGGUCUGAAGAUGGACCAGUUCUGCCAAGAAAACGGAUUUGUGGGGUGGUUUGAAACCUCAGCUAAGGAAAACCUAAACAUCAAUGAAGCUGCAAAUUUCCUGGUCAAGCACAUCAUUGCCAGCGAGAACGACAUUCUCAAAUCUGUGGUUCCUGACACCAUCUCCCCUCAGCUGACCACAACUACGAAGAUGAGCUGCUCUGCAUGUUUCAAACCCUAACAUUUGGCCAACCGGUGGAUUCCGGCUCAGUAGCUGAGGAGGACUAAAAGACAGAUGUCCUUUUCUCCCACUCUGUCUGUAACUAUAAGACUCAGGCAGGACAUUGAAGGUGUGUGUGUGUGUGAGAGAACGGCAGCUUUGUAAGGUUAGUUAUUUAUGUGCACCACAAAUCUAGUGUCAACAUGUGGACUUUUCCUGCUUAUGAUGUUUGAUUCCAGAUGGACAAAUGGAGAAUGUUUUAACCUUACACAUCUGUCCAGAAAUUGUUUGGGACUAAUGAGGUCAUAUGUGUUUUACAUGUUGGUCAUGAUGUUUAAUGUAUUUAUGCUGUGAUAAGCAGAUGUUUUUCAUGAACUAUUCUGUUGUAGACUUGAGGAUAUGUAGAUUUCUUAAGUACAUGCAGAACAUUUUUAGAUAAAGCUUAAUCUUUAUGGUGCAUGGAAUGGAAAAAAUCUCUCUCUCUCUCUCUCUCUCUCUCUCUCUCUCCCCCCUCUGUAGCUUUUUCCAUCUAUUUUCUGCAUUUUCCCAUCUGUUUUUUUUCCACUCUUUCUCCAUACUCCUCAGUGAUUCACUUUCUGACUCACUGCCAUUAUAUAAAUCUCCCAUGAAGCCCCUCUUCAGCGCACACUUUUGUUCACAUCUUUAAACACGGUUAUUGAUCCAAGUUCCUUUCUGUUCCACUGCCUGCUGAGUGCGAACCCUUUGCACUUUCACUUCAUAAUAGUCUAUUGUCGUCUAUGUGGGAAGUAUUACAUAAUUUGAAAACACAUUAACUCAAGUAUUAAGUACUUUUUUUUAAAGCAGGUGUGCUCAUGUGAAUAUAAAAUGUUUCAUAUUUGGAUAAAUAAUCAUGUUUAAUAUUGCACGAGUGCACUGCAUUUUGAACCUAAAAUGGAAGAAAACCGUUUUGAGCAAAAUGCUGAAUCUGCUUUGAUAAUGUUUUUGGACAAAUAACA